AUCUGUGCUGUAUCUUUCACAGCAACUAAAGUCUAUUCACGUUUUUUCGGCAAUACGUCGUCGCUAAUAUCAGCAAACUUAUUUUGAAAGUCCAACAUCGACAACUCAGAAAUGAGUUCUCAAAUCCGACAAAACUUCCACCAGGACUGCGAGGCUGCCAUUAACAGACAGAUCAACCUAGAGCUCUAUGCCUCAUAUGUUUAUCUCUCUAUGGCUUACUAUUUUGAUAGGGACGACAAAUCCCUACCACAUUUUUCUAGGUUCUUUCAAGCACAGUCUAAAGAAGAACGGGAGCAUGCAGAGAAGCUGAUGAGUCUGCAGAACAAGCGAGGAGGCAAGAUUUUUCUGCAGGACAUCAGGAAACCUGAUAGAGAUGAGUGGGGCAGCAGCCUGGAGGCCUUGGAGUGUGCUUUGCAGCUUGAGAAAAGUGUAAACCAAUCCCUGCUCGACCUGCAGAAAAUAGCGACAGAACACAAUGACCCUCACGUGUGUGACUUCAUAGAAUCACAUUUUCUGGGCGAACAGGUCAAAUCUAUCAAACAGCUUGCUGACUGGAUAUCCAACCUGCGUCACAUGGGAGCCCCCCAGAGUGGCAUGGCGGAGUAUCUCUUUGACAAACAUACCAUGGCUGAGGAGGGAAGUUAAACUAAACUGACCAUUCAUCCUGUCCCUGACAUGUCCUCCUUAUAAUACAGAUACCACUGCUUUA